AUGCAGCCUCCAGUCGAACUAUCCUUCUUGUUACCACCUCCUGUUAAUCUUGUAUCCUGGCGUGAACAUCCAAACGCGAAUGAAAUUGCGGAACUUUCUGAUAUCUGGGCCCGAGAAGCGUUGCCUCCGCUUUUUAUGUCAACCGAAGCGCUGAACGCCUUCCUGAAGACUCGUGCAUCGCAGUGGAUCUUGAUCUCCUAUCCGUCAGCCAAUCAAGAGCGAUUGCUUGUGUACCACAAGUUGUCUCAAUAUUUGGGGGUGCUGCACGACCGAGUCCCUACGAAAAUUCCGCCAUUGGCCCUUCCAUUUAUCGAGUUAUGGGACCAGAUGGCUCCUGGGAUGGCUGAUGGUGUUAGAGCACGGUUCGUGGAUGACGUUGAGCAUAUGCUUGCUGGCUUUGAGAAGGAAGUCUCGCUUCGAACACGCGGAGAUUUGAACGACGAAGAAUAUCUUUGCCUUCGACGCCAAACAAUUGGUCUACGACAGUGCAUUACAUUCGUUGAAUAUGGUCUGGGUAUUGAUCUUAGCGAAGUUUUUGCGGCACACCCUAGCCUUACAACUGUACGCGACCUUUCCAUUGAGCAAAUGAUCUUCUAUCAUGAGAUAUUGAGCUUUCGCAAAGAAUACUACAGUGGUGAUAUCAUGAAUAUCAUCGCAAUAUGGGCUGGUAAGGAUCUCAGUCAGCUGCAGAGUGCAGUGGACAGGGCACAUGCACUCGCUGUAAAGGCCGAGAGGGGAUUCGUUGACUUACGAGACGAGAUAUCUGCCGCUGAAUGGGGGCAACGAGACGACGUUCAGUCGUUUCUUAACGAAGUGGGGCAUAUUAUGGCCGGUGGACUUCAUUUUGAGUACACAUCGCCUCGGUAUAAUGGAGUUGGGCACAUUUGGAAUGGGUCGACCUCUGGAACACUGAUUUUGACGCCUGACCGGACGAUAUUCCCUUAG